GUUAUUUUCACAAUGUGGUAUGUUGGGUUGGAUCUCUCAGAAAAGGUAUUGGGUGAAGCUUCCACUUGCCAAAAUAUGUACCUUUUUGUGGCCUUCUGGUAAUAGAGCUAUUUAAGUGCUUGUGUAACUGAGUUGAGCAAUGAAUUUAGAUCUUUUUUCUUUCUACCAAUGAGAAUGUGGAGUUAGUGUACUGUCGAGGCCUUGGAUGUUGGAUGCUUCUAAUAAUAUGGCUUUGAGCACCAUUUUCGCUUUAUGAUAGAACUGCAGAAGCCAGACCUGUCAUUCUCUUAUUGAAUUUGAACUACGAAAUGAGAGUGUGUGAUGGGCAUAGAAGAUAGUAUGAGAAACACUUUUUUGCUUACUGUCACUUGCUCAAUAUUGUUUGACCUUUCAUUUUUACGCAUAAACCAUGCUUUUCAAUCAGAAGCAUAAUUGUAUUGAGAGCAUUGAGUUUCCCUAGGACUCAUUUCAUUUUAUUUCUAGAAAUCAUUCUUUCAUUUUUACACUAUUUUCUUCUUUCCCUUUUUGAAUUGGUUGAGUUAAUUGUUGCUCUUGUUAUAUCCUCCUUUUUCUAUCUAGAACAUCCAUGGUUACAGAAUGCAAAGAAGGCUCCAAAUGUUCCCUUAGGGGAUAUAGUGAGGACACGUCUCAAGCAGUUUUCUGUGAUGAAUAGAUUCAAAAAGAAAGCUCUACGGGUAAUUGCAGAGCACUUAUCAGUUGAAGAGGUGGAAGUUAUAAGAGAUAUGUUUACAUUGAUGGACACUGACAAUGAUGGGAAAGUAACGUAUGAUGAACUGAAAGCUGGGCUUCGGAAGGUCGGAUCACAAUUGGGUGAACCAGAGAUAAAGUUGUUGAUGGAAGUGGCUGAUGUUGAUGGAAACGGAGUACUGGACUAUGGAGAAUUUGUAGCAGUGACAAUACACUUGCAGAAGAUGGAAAAUGAUGAACAUUUUCGCAGAGCAUUUAUGUUUUUUGACACUGAUGGAAGUGGAUUCAUUGAGCUGGAUGAAUUACGGGAGGCCUUAGCUGAUGAAUCAGGGGAAACUGAUAUUGAUAUAGUAAAUGAUAUCAUGCGUGAAGUUGACAAUGACAAGGAUGGGCGUAUCAGUUAUGAUGAGUUUGUUGCCAUGAUGAAAGCUGGCACAGAUUGGAGAAAGGCGUCUCGACAGUAUUCAAGAGAGAGGUUCAAGAGUUUGAGCCUUAACCUGAUGAAAGAUGGUUCUCUGCAUCUCCAUGAUGCAGUUACAGGCCAAUCCAUAGCUGUAUAAUCUGCAUGGUUCAUGAUCUUGCUUUUUUUCCACCCACCAUCCGCUUCUCACCUCUUGUUGAUAAAACAGUUUAUACAUGAAAAGUAAGGCAUUAAUGGCUUCACAGAGUGUUGCAUUCAGGUUCAUGAACAGGCUUUUAAAGCCAAGCAAAAUAUUCUUUGAUCAUCAAUGUUCAUAUCAGCCGGUUUUUGGGUGGCCUUUUGGUUGCAAUCGAAGUGUGAAUCAGAGGCUGCUUAUCUGUCAGAAUUGUUAGCUGUUGGUAGAUAUGGAUACACUCCUCUUGUAUGUAUAACUAUUUUUGGUGUCAUUGUGUUUGAUGAUUUUACUUAAAUUAGUAUUUGUACUGCUGUAUUUUUGUUUAGCAGAAUCUAUUUUUAGGGUUUGUUUAUGGGAAUUGUAAGCUUUGAAGAAGAAAUUCUAAUUAAUGUGUGUUUCUGCA